GCCUCCCACGCAGUCAUGUCGUCCUGCAGCCGCGUGGCGGUGGUCACCGGGGCCAACAAGGGCAUCGGCUUCGCCAUCGCGCGGGACCUGUGCCGGCAGUUCUCGGGGGACGUGGUGCUCACGGCGCGGGACGCGGCGCGGGGCCAGGCAGCCGUGCAGCAGCUGCAGGCCGAGGGUCUGAGCCCGCGCUUCCACCAGCUGGACAUCGACGACCUGCAGAGCAUCCGCGUCCUGCGGGACUUCCUGCGCAAGGAGUACGGGGGCCUCAACGUGCUGAUCAACAACGCGGGCAUCGCCUUUAAGUUUGACGAUCCAACACCCUUUGACGUUCAAGCUGAGAUAACGCUGAAGACAAACUUUUUUGCUACGAGAAAUGUCUGCACUGAAUUACUGCCGAUGAUAAAACCACACGGCAGAGUGGUGAAUAUCAGCAGCCUGCAGGGGUCCCGAGCGCUGGAAAACUGCAGCGAAGAUCUGCAGGAGAAGUUCCGCUCUGACACUCUCACCGAGGAGGACCUGGUGGACCUCAUGAAGAAGUUCGUGGAGGAUGCCAGGAAUGAAGUGCACGAGAGGGAAGGCUGGCCCGGCUCGGCUUACGGGGUGUCCAAGCUGGGGGUCACGGUCUUAUCGAGGAUCCUGGCCCGACGCCUGGAUGAGAAGAGAAAGGCCGACAGGAUCCUGCUGAAUGCGUGCUGCCCUGGGUGGGUGAAGACCGACAUGGCGGGCGAUUACGGCUCUAGGACUGCGGAGGAGGGGGCUGAGACCCCUGUCUACUUGGCUCUCCUGCCCCCAGAUGCCAACGAGCCUCACGGCCAGCUAGUCCGCGACAAAGUCGUCCAGACCUGGUGA